AUCAUAAUCCUCUCUUCAUUUCUCUCUCUACUUUCUAAAUUUUGUCAUUUGAUCAUUUCUCAUGUGGGUUUCUCAAAUUUCUGGGAAAAAUCUAAUCCUUUUAGAGUUUACAACAAAAACUUUAAGAAUUUUGCCAGUUUUUACAAAUUAUUGUGGAUGAACACCAUCUUCUUCUAGUUUUGUUUCAUGGGAUAUUUUUGCAUAAAUAAAGAUGGGAAGGGUUAAAUUGAAGAUAAAGAGAUUGGAGAGCACUAGCAAUAGACAAGUCACCUAUUCGAAGAGAAGGAAUGGGAUCUUGAAGAAAGCUAAAGAAUUGUCUAUUUUGUGUGACAUUGAUAUUGUUCUUCUUAUGUUUUCUCCUACUGGAAGGCCUACUAUUUUCCAAGGAGAUCACAGCAGUAUUGAAGAUGUAAUUGCAAAAUUUGCUCAAUUAACCCCACAAGAGAGGGCAAAAAGGAAACUAGAGAGCCUUGAAGCAUUGAAGAAAACCUUCAAGAAGUUGGACCAUGAUGUAAAUAUACAAGACUUUUUGGGUUCUGGAAGCCAAACAGUUGAGGAGUUGACUGAUCAAGUUAGGUUUUUUCAAGAACAACUUGCAGAAAUGCAGAAGAGACUGAGCUAUUGGAGUAAUCCUGAUAAGGUUGACAGAAUAGACCAUCUUAGGCAGAUGGAAGACUCACUAAAAGACUCCAUUAACCAGAUCCGUUUGCACAAGGAAAAUCUCGCGAAGUGCCAACUUAUGCCACUAGAAUGCAGUAGCCAGUUUCAGAAUGGCGUGGCUUUACCUUUGAUGAUGAAUGGUGGACAAGAGAACCAACAACUUUCAUGGCUUCCAAACAAUGGCAGUCAACAUUUUUUGUUAUCCAAUGAGCCAAGUUGUUUGCCCCAAAGACAGAUACAAUGCACUGCCGAUACAUCCAUUCCAGGAUAUUCUGGUUAUUAUGACACUGGAAAACAAGUUGAAAUUGGAAAUCCAGGAGCAGUUGAUAACAUGGGACAGGAAGGCGGUGCAAUGAACAGCUUAAGCAGCACUUCAUGCUUAGGUGUUAACCUUGAUGAGCAAUUCUCAUACCCGUCAUAUAAUAGUUUAAAUUUGCAUGAGAUGAAGAAAGUGAAGCCUGAUAUGCAGUUAAAUUCCCAAGGAAAUCAUUCUGUUUAUCAAGUUAAUAACAACUUUGAAUUAGCUAGACCUAUGUAUGAAAAUGGUCAUCAUGGCUGGGUUCCCGCUUCCGGACCUUGCAGCAUUGCUAUGUUCAAUGAGAAUCCGUACCAUCAGCAAUCAAAUUGACUCCACCAAGUUGAACAUAAUUUUCCUUCCGAUGGAAGAGUGCUUGCUGGAAGAAUCAAUAUGUGAUGCGGUUGCGGAGACAUAUUUUGAGUUCAUGGAGAAAAUGGAGCGCAAAGUGGCGUAAUGGCAUUUUUGUGAUUUCGGCAGUUUUUGAGGCUUUUUAGUUUAUUUCGUUUUAUACCCAUUUUAGGGUUUUUAUUUUGUCUUAGUAUUUAAACAACCCUGUGAGUGGUUGAACGGCAGUUUUUGAUGUUUUGAGUUAAUUUGUUAUUUCCCAAAUUUCGGUAUUCUUUGAAUCAACGAUUAUUUGAUGCCUA